AUGUCUUCCGAUGGACGGACUGAUGUCGAUGGCAAGUCCCAUACUCGUCACAUUGAGACCGACGGCAACGACAUCCGUCAGGUCCUCGAACACGACGGCAAUGUGGCCAAGGUUGUCCACACGGAUGGCACUGUCGACUUUAUCGAUGCCAAAGCCAUUGGCGGAGAGUACGACGAGAUGCCCAAGGGAUACUUCCGCAGCGCCAGCUUCAUCGGGACCGUGGUGGCUCAAUGUCUCGGCAGCAUCUGUGCGUACUUGGGCUGGGUCCUGCCCGCAAAUACCCUGCUGCUCAUCAAUGCAGAUAUCGGCCCUUCGGUCAACAUCAGCUGGGUGGCCACUCUCUGGACAAUGGGAAGCUCCAUCGGCUUCCUCCUCUUUGGACGUCUCUCCGACAUGUACGGUCGCAGGUGGAUGGUUCUCGGCACCACCGUCCUCGGUCUCGUGGGGUGCAUCAUCGGAUCUUGUGCACAGAACGUCGAGACGUUGAUCGCCGCCAACGUGUGCAACGGCAUCGCAGCCGCCGGCCAGCUCUCCUUCGGCAUCGUUCUCGGCGAGCUCGUGCCCAACAAGAUGAGAGGUCCUAUCGUGACCAUCGUCUUUUUGUCGUCUCUCCCUUUUGCCGUUUUCGGUCCUGUCAUUGCGCGCUCACUCUUCAACAAUACGUCCUCCAAGUGGCGAUGGAGCUACUUCAUGGGCGACAUACUCGGCGCCGCUUCCCUCGUGCUCUACUACUUCUUCUACCACCCGCCGACGUAUAGCCAGCUUCAUGUUCAGGGCAAGACGAGGUGGCAGAUGACCAAGGACCUCGACUUUGUCGGCAUCUUUCUCUACGUGUCUGGCUGUGUGCUGUUCCUGAUCGGCCUUUCCUGGGGCGGUGUGGCCCAUCCCUGGGCGAGCGCUGCCACGCUUUGCACACUGCUCAUCGGUCUCGCCUUGAUGGUGUCGUUUGUUGUGUAUGAGGGUUAUUUCUGCAAGAAGCAGCCCCUGAUGCCCCCGCGCAUGUUCAAGAAUAUUGGAUUCGACGCCAUCGUCGUCGUCGCCACCAUCGGAUCCAUGGUCUACUACUCGCUCACUGUGCUGUGGCCCGUCAUCAUUGGCACCAUGUACACGACCGACUCGAUGAAGAUUGGCUGGCAGAGCUCCGUCGUGGGGGGCGGCGUGCUUCUCGGCCAGACAAUCGCCGGGUUCUGCAUCUCCUACGUGCCCAAGGUCAAGUACCAGUGCAUCAUCGCGGCAACCAUCUCGUUGGCUUUCAUGACUUCCAUGGUCGCCAUCUCUCCCGAUAGAUGGGCCGUGACUAUUGCCACAGGCACAAUCGUCUGCGUUGCGAUUGGAUUCAUCGAGAACAUCUCUUUCCCCGGCGUCACUCUCGUCUGGGAAGCCCAAGAUAUCGGCCUCGCAACCGGCAUCCUGGGCUCGAUCCGCGGCCUCGGCGGCGCCAUCGCACAGGCCCUCUACGGCUCGGUUCUCAACAACGAACUCGGCAAGAAGCUCCCCGAGCUCGUCGUGCCAGCCGCCACGCAAGCGGGUCUCCCAGAGACGUCGCUGACGGCGCUGUUCGCGGCCAUCGCGGCUGGCGAUUUCUCGGCUGUGCCAGGCAUCACGAACGAGGUCAUCGCGGCCGUCGGCGCAGCGACAAGGGUGGCGUACACGGAGAGCUUCAAGAUGGUCUUUUACACGACGAUUCCGUUCUCGUUCAUUCUGCUCGUCAGCUCUGUCCUAGUGCCCAACAUGGAGAAGUACCUGACUUCUGAUGUGGCGAAGAAGCUCAACGGCGCGAGGAGCGAGGAGUCGGGCUCGGAGGAGAAGGUAGAGAAGGUGUAA